CUCAUUUGUUAGCUAAAGUUGGUAACUCCCACUGUAGGACAGAAUAGAUAUACAGCCAGUCUCUGUACUCAGUGGCCAGACGAAAGGAAAUAAUCAUGAACUGGUUCCGUUUAAUGAGAACUCUGCUCCUGCUGAACUUGGGACUAAUUGGGGUCACUGAAGCUGCAGUAGAAUGUGGAAGGCGCCAGCUGUUAAAUCGCAUCAUGGGAGGGCAAGAUUCAAAGCCAGGCAUGUGGCCCUGGCAAGUGAUGUUUUAUAGCAAGGAUUUUGAGUUAUGUGGGGGAACCCUUAUAACAAAUAAUUGGGUUGUCUCUGCAGCUCACUGUUUUAACAGUACAAACCCACCUUCAUUCUACAAUGUUUAUCUUGGAGUCUACCAGAUAAGUGAGCCAAAUGGCAAUGAGGUUGUCAUGGAAAUCAAAAGAUUUAUUGUUCAUCCUAAUUACACUUCCCCUGAGUUUGGCUUUGAUAUUGCCCUUGUGGAGCUCAGCAGGGGUGCCAAUUACACCAACUACAUCCAACCAGUUUGUCUUCCAUCUGUUGGGUUGACUUUGCCAACUGGCCUGCAGUGCUGGGUGACCGGCUGGGGAAACAUCGCAAGUAAUGUCACUCUUCCUGACCCCAAUACCCUCCAGGAAGUAGCAGUGCCUCUGAUUGGUAGUGAGAAGUGCAAUACAUUAUUUCAAGUUCCAUCUCCUUUAGACCCAAACACAUAUGUGAUUUCAAAUGACAUGUUAUGUGCUGGAUACAUCAAUGGUGGAAAAGACUCUUGCCAGGGUGACUCUGGUGGACCUUUGGUUUGUGCUGAAGCCAAUCACUGGUAUUUGGUUGGGGUUGUGAGCUUUGGUGUGGGCUGCGGGCAACCCAACCGUCCAGGAGUAUAUACCCGACUGAAUGCGUAUUUGGGAUGGAUUGAGUCAUAUGUUCCUGAAGUCUCAGCCAAUGUUCUAAAUGUGUCCUUCACAGGCCCCUUUAUUUCUCUCUAUAAUAAUAUAACGACCACCACCGAUGUUUCAGUAACUAGGAAUGUGACUUCUCCAACCACCACAGGUGUUCCUGGGGCAGGUACAACUAUUGUUGCCUCCACCUUUGUCCUUGCAUGGAUAUUUCUUCUAUUGACCUGUUUAUGAAGGCCCUCAUCAUCUCUGCUGCUUAUAUUUACAAGUUUUUAAUAAAUGAAUAUAAAUCAAUAAAAGUGUGUUUAAAUAAAAUCUAUUGACAAAUGCA